CGCCUCUCCUCCGCAGGGCAGUCAGCAACCAGCAACUCGGCCCGUCAGCAGUACGAAUUUGUUCUCGAGUGUUAUUAUUAUUUAUUUUGUCGUGGUACGAACGGAGCAGUCGAGAUGAACCGUGAAUCUGCCACGAUUUGUCACCUAAGCUGAUCUGCACCGACCCUGAGCAGGGCACUUCCGGAGCAAAGAUGAGUAAAGAUGUAAGAAACGAGGGCUUCCUGAAAAUGGCAGCGUCCGCAGAAUCGAUAGGCAGCUGCUCGCUAGACGUAGAUUACACGACAAGUGAAUCUAACGCAGCUCUGUUGACAUCGCGGCUCGGGUUCAAGCCGUCGCCGUCGCAGCGGACCCUGCACAGCUUCGAUUCGCAGCGACUCUUGGCGCAGAGUUCCGAGGAAAUCUCCACGGCCUCUGCCUCUGAACGCAGACAGGCCGCCAAACUCGCAAACGCCAGGGACAUCUACAAGAGCGAGGACUCGAUUCUGGGCGUCCGGCAGCCGCGCAGACCUUCGUACGUCAACAUCUCGUGCUCGGUGAGCGGCUACACGCCUGCCAUCAACUACCACUGCCUCAAGUUCGGCCUCAGCAGUCUGCAGAGUCUGAGCACGCCGCCCCUUGUGUUGACCAAACGGAAGCCGCACUCGUUCACCGGGAUGAUGAACGGCAACCACAGCAAGACCGACUUUGUCGACUGCUCCUCGGGCAGCUUCUUCGCCCGACAAUCACCCGACUCGUUUUGCUCGCAGUUCGCCAAGAGCAGCAACUUGUUCACCAACAACAACAACCGCAUGUCCAGCGUCGAGUCGACCGCGGUUUACACCUCGUCCCAAAGGUCGGAGAACACCAACGGCGCCACGAACGGCACCGAAUCCAACACUGAAAAGUCGUUCAUCCAGGAGAGGGUGGAGCGGCUGUACGGUAGAGGUGCCUUCGCGCCUUCCUUUUUCAAGCAAAAAAGUACCUCGCCGAGAAGCAGCCUCUCACCCGGCCAGGAGAACAAAACAAAUCCAGAAAAGACUGCAAACUCUUCUCCCACUAAAAUCCCAGAGCUGCCUGUGCUGAAAUUGCUGAGGCCCGAGUUUCGUGAGCAGCUCGUCAUCAACUCUGCGCACUCCACCCCGUGGUGGAGGCAACAGCUGCGUAGCACCGCGCCCAAACCGGCCUCGUACAAUGGACAAGAGAGAAUCAUUCCUAUCACCCUAGAGGCAGACAUCAUUACCAAGCCUAAAAUUGGCGCCAACGAAGUUAAAGACAUGGUCUGUGAUGUUGCCACUCAGGCGCAAGAAGUACCACAAGACAUGCAGCCAGCAGCUGUUGACGUAAUCCCCAUAACUUCGGCGGUCGCCCCGAGCCACACCAACAAGGACAAAGACGCUCAUUACUACCUGCAGCUGCACUCGGCCGAGUCGCAGAGAUUGCUCAAGUUGGCUGACGAGUACGAGGUGGAUUUGGAGAACAAUUCUGACCUAAGUGAAGACCUCAUGGGAAAGUUGAGGGCCGCUACUGGCCAGGCUAGACUACUUGUUCGACAGAAAUUAAAGCAGUUUGAAGGACUUUGCCACAGAAAUCUUGAUUCUAACAGUGAUGAACCUUUUCCUACAACUUGCGAAGAUAUUGCUGGUUUUUGGGACAUGGUAUACUUGCAAGUGGAACAUGUGGACAGUCUGUUUGAUGAAUUGGCCAAUCUAAAGAAAAAAGGAUGGCCUGCUGAGACUACCCCAAAAAAAGUUGCAACCCCAAAACAAGCAAAGCCAGGAGUGAAAGGCAAAAGUGCUCAAGUCAGUUCAAAGCCGCUUUCUGAGAAGGCGCAAGAAGCGGCUCGCAUUCGUGACGAGCAGCGCAAGAAAAUUUUGGAAGAGAGGAGGCGUCAAGCCAAACUUCAAAAGAAGCCUGACGACAGUAUUGAGAUUUUUGCUCCCACUGCUGAAUAACUGCAGACAAUUGACCUGAUAUUUGACAUUCUCUUAUUGCAUUUCAACCAACAACUACUGAACUACUAUAAUUACUCAAUGUCAGUAAUUUGACCAGCUUCUAACACAGAAAGUCUUGAAGCAUAAAAAAAAACUACUCACUAGCAUGCCCAGCGCCUUAGCGCUUUGGAUUAAGAACAAAAGCUGCUUAUAUUUAAAAAAGAUAAUUUGUUUUUAUAAUGUUAAUAACUCAAUAUUUAAUGAAAAAGAAAAUGCCUUGUUGCACUUUGGUCUUGCCACCAUUUUUAAUCGCAGACUGAUUUAAAUUAUUGUGGUGUUGAUUGUCAAUUCUGAGACCAGAAAUGGCACGGAUAAUUGUGAUCAUGUGUGAAAUGAGGCGAAAUUGACCAGGGGAAAUUACAUUUCAAUGUUGAAGAGAGGAAUAUUUUUAUGAUUGGGGAAUUGGCGAGAAAGACGUGUGCUUUGUCGGCAUUGCAAAAUUGUAGCCAAAGAAAUUUUUGUUUGAAUGAGCAUUGCACAGAAGACAUUAACAAACUUCUUGACGCUUUAACUAUAAUUGAGGAAAGAUGAUAUUUUUUUAAUGUAUAAUAAUUUUGCAUGUUGAAGGAGUUUUCUUGCUGCUUUCUUUCCUGUCUCUUAGAUUUCUCCUUGCCUACAAGUUUCAUCAAUAAUUAAUUUAUAAAACUUUUAGAUGGAGUCAUAAAAUUCUACUAACAUUUAGGCAGCCAAAUAGUCACAAUGUACUUGCAAUAAUAAGCUCGGAUUUGUUUCUGAUUAUUUGAUUGUGAUCAAAAUAAUUUUCGAGCACGUGAAUUUAAAAUUGGCUUUCUAAAGUAGUAUUAAUCUUAUUUAUUAUUUGGAUAUCAAUGGAUUUAUCAUGUAUUUAUUGCUAAUCUGAUUAAGAAAUUAAAUAUUUAUUGAACUACGAAAAACUAUGACUGGCUCACAAAAAUUUCACAGAUAUGAUUUUAUAAAAUAAUGGAUUUUGAGGAAUAAAUUUAAGAUAAUUUGUAUGAUGAAUGUGUUA